UUUUAAUAUAUAUUCUACUAUAAAAUUUUUAAAUUAAAAACAUAUUUAUAUAUGUAUAAGGAAUAAAUUCAUUAGAAUGCAUAUAAAACAGUUACGAAGAACAGGCAGACAGACAUUCAGAUAGAAAAAAAUAAUAAUAAGAGUAACGUAAGUUUUGUAUACUGUAAUAUGAAGAAUGUAAACUUUUUCAUUUUUAAUUGUUGAAUUAUGUAUGGUGCAUUUUAAAGUUAUUGCGAAAGUAAUCAUAUAAUGUCGAAAAUGACGUUAAAUUACAUUAGCAAGUUUGCUUUUCAAAUUUGUUUACAAAGGCAUAAGGUUGCUAAUGUAAGACUAAUACAAAGUCGAACCUUCGCAUUAAAUGCUCAACAAUCUGAACAGAAAAUAUUAGAAUGUUUAAAUGAAAGAUCUGUAUUACGUCUUAGUGGACAUGAAUCUGCUACCUUUUUACAAGGUUUGAUAACAAAUGAUAUAGGAUAUCUUAAAGAAGGCUCUGCAAGUAUUUAUUCUUUGUUUCUAAAUAUCAAAGGUAGAGUAUUAUAUGAUACUAUUUUGUAUAAAAGCAAAGAGGAUAAUGUAUUUUACAUAGAAUGUGAUACUGGAGUAGUGGAGUCUUUAGAAAAGCAUUUAAAGAUGUAUAGGAUAAGAAAAAAAAUAGAUAUAUUAUGUAUAGAUAAAAAUAUGAAAGUUUGGUCUAUGUUUGAUCCAACUAAGGUUAUUGAUGGCGAAAAUAACAGUUCUUUUGAAGGCUCUAUUUUACCCUGUGAUACUACAAAUAACAAAGCUAGCAAAUUUAUAGACAAUAUUAUAAUAUGUCAAGAUCCUAGAUCAUCAAGUUUUGGCUUAAGAAUUCUUGCUGACUCAGAUAUUGAAAGAUCCGAAAUCAUAAAAUAUUUGAAUCCUAAUAUCUCUAUUUCUGAGGAUAGUUUAAGCUACAAAGAAUUUAAAUACAAAAUUGGUCUUGCUGAAGGUGUCAAUGAUUUACCACCAGGCAAACCAUUACCUCUGGAAAUUAAUUGUGACUAUUUACACGGUAUUAGUUUUCAGAAAGGUUGCUAUAUUGGUCAAGAACUAACAGCUCGUACAUAUCACACUGGUGUAGUGAGAAAACGUUUAUUACCUUUCAUAUUUGAUCAGAUUCCAACUAUAUCUUUUAAAUAUGAUGAAAAAAUCUUUGAUGAAUCUGGCAAGGUAAUAGGUCAUUAUCGGGGACAUAAUAAUAAACAUGGCUUAGGACUAAUGCGUCUAGGCGAAACAUUCAAUGCUAAACAAAUUAAAAUACAAGAAUAUCCAAUCAAAGUAAUAAAACCUGCAUGGUGGCCACGAGACUCUAAAAAAGAAGGGAUUUCUACUCAAUAACAAAAUUUAAUUUAAUUAUUUAAUUUAUAAUUCUCUUAAUUGAUUAUUGAUUAUUAUAUAUGAGCAUGAAAUAAAUUAAAGCGAUGCAAUCAAUGUAA